AUGUCAGCUACUCUUCCAGCUUUAAGAAUCAAUAGAAGAAUCGCUCCUCUAGAAGACUCUGGCACUCUUCAUUUGAAAAUUGCUAUCUUAGUCGCCUGUGGAGCAACAUGCGCUUACAAGAGAAAGUUCUUCGGUCACGAGAAAAACUACUUCAACUUGGCAAUGCACAGUAUUGGAGUGUUCUAUGGCACAUACCUCUACACCAAGACAUUCUUAGACCCAGUAUCAGAGGAGGCUGCCAGGAUUAACAACAGCAAUGAGUACAAUCAUCAGAGAUCUCUUGGAAACAUCUGA